AUGUGCAACCUGCAUAGAGUAAAAAGCGGCAAGAAGGUCAUUACAUCCUACUAUGUAUCCAAUCUUCCCGAAGGAGUUUUGAAGGCACAAAUAUGGAAAUCCUUUCAGAAAUAUGGAAGACUGGCGGAUAUCUACAUUGGAGGUAAAAAGGAUCGCUCCGGUUCAACAUUCGCUUUUGUUAGGAUUGAAAACAUCAGAGAUGCAAAAGUUUUGGAGCAUGAAAAAUCAUACCAGGUAGCAUGGAAAGAAACUAAUGCAACUAGAGAUUCAAGAACAUUCGCGGAGGUGACUAAAGGUACGACUUCUAGACCAUUAGCAGCAGGGGCGACUCCAAUUGCUAUCAAACCUGCAACAUUUUCUGUUGGAAUGGAAGACUGUGUGAUGGUUGGUGAGACAAUUAGUAUCCAACAGAUUGCAGAUUUACCCACGGUACUUCCUAUCGACGGAAACCCCGCUGGUAUGGUCUAUUACAUCGGUGGUUUAAAUGUUAUUAUAAAAUUCAUCAAUUCAAAAUCCGCGAAGGCAUUAUAUGAUAAUGAACAUAACUGGAAAUGCUGGUUCAAGUGGCUCAAAAUGGGAUUCAAUGACCUGAUACCAGAGAGGAUUACAUGGAUUAAAAUUCUUGGCUUGCCGGUUAGAAUUAGAUCCAACGAAAACUUUCCACGCAUUGCAAAUACUUUUGGGACCACUCUUGAGAUUAUUGGUGUGGACUGGAAGGCUUUUGAUAUUUCUAUUGGUGAGGUUUGCAUCAUCGCCAAACACAACACAAUUAUAAACGAUGUGGUCAACAUUUCUUUUGUAAACAAAGUAUAUUCUGUUGGUGUUGUAGAGUAUGAUAGAGAUUGGACGACUUUUGAUAGAUCGAUACAGAAGGACCCUGUUGCCCAAGUUAAUGAUGAUAUUGAUGAUGAACCAGAAGAUGACAUGGAGGUGAACGACUCUAAAGAAGAUAAAGGUGACAAACAAGAUUUUGAGGAAGAAGACAAUCAAGAUUCUAAGGAAGAUGCGAUCUCUGAAACAUGGAUGGGUCCAAUCCAACAAGAAUGUGCCCCUAAAGAUGGGGAAAUCGUUGAAGAAUCUGGCGAGUAUGUCGCUCCGACGACGGUGGCGUUAAUGUCCGAAGACCUUGACAAUCCAAGGGAUGAUAGGAAUGGUACUAGUGUAAAAGGUGGUCAACUCCCAGAAGGUCCAGUUAACAAUUCAAUCAAACCUAUUAGCACACCUCCUGAGCCCAAUCAUAACGCAUCUCUUAGGCCCAUUUAUACAAUACCACUUCCUGGAGGUGACGAAUGA